CAGGAAAUAGAUGUCGAACAAUCGAUUGGUCUAGUCUAAAAUUAGGUUCACAGGAAUUAGCUUACAUAUUUUUGUUUGAUUACAGCAAUUAAUAUAUUACAGUGAUGGUUUGUGAGAAGUGUGAAAAGAAACUCGGGCGGGUCAUCACACCAGAUACGUGGAAGGAUGGUGCCAGAAACACAACAGAGAGUGGUGGAAGGAAGCUGAAUGAAAACAAAGCACUCACUGCCAAAAAGGCCAGAUUCGAUCCUUAUGGAAAACCAGGCAAAACUGGGUUCGCCAUCUGUAGAAUAUGCAAGAGCUCUGUCCACCAGUCUGGUUCCCACUACUGCCAGGGAUGUGCCUACAAAAAAGGAAUUUGUGCCAUGUGUGGGAAGAAGGUGCUCGAUACGAAAAAUUACAAGCAGACCUCCGUCUGAGCAGAGUUGACUGGCUGGACGUGCUCCCAUUUGAGAAGGGAGGAGACGAUGGAAGUGAUGGCAGAUUUUAGACGUAAACUCCCAGACGCAUCGCUUGAGCUGGAGUUGUUGAAACUCACCAGCAUGUGCCCCCGUUUGUCAACUGUGUGCAUCAACUCCCUUGGACCUUAACUGGCUACAAAAAUGUGCUGUCUGAAUGUUUUGGUAUACUGUUCCCUCACUAGAAGCAAUACCCUAGGCUUACACUGUUGUCUGAGCAUCACAGACGUGUUCUGCAAGAACCAUUAGAAGUGCUUUGUAAACAUCUUAGUAGGUGGAUCACCACUUCACUUGACAUUAGAAUACAUUUUUGUUUGUUUUUUAUUCUUUAAUAUCAGAUUUUUAUUUUCCACAAAGCAAUUUAUUUUUCCACAAUUCAGUGCGCUAUAUCUAGCAUUGCUGAUGUGGAAAUCCCUGACAUCUGACUUUGAUCCCUCAGUAUCUUUGUAUCAGAGACCACCUCCGUGAUGACCUUUAAAUAUCAACAGUAGCCCGAGGCAACACGCUGCAUCCCAUGCGGGUUUGUAGAGGUGAGCCCUCAGCACAACGACUGGGAUGAGCUCACGUGUGUUCUGAGUCAUGGCUGUUGUCUUCCCUUGGAACUGUUUUUAUUAUUAUUAUGAUAAUUAUUUUAUGGUCUCCCUUUAUUAUAGUGUUCAUUUGUUGUAUUUUUUUAAUGGUGGAUAAAUCUAAAUAAAUCUGGAUCGAGUGUAAUAAAAGUACUUGUGUAAUCUUCA